ACAAGCAUUGCCUAUAUUGGAAAAUACUGCCUUGGCUUCAUUCAGCUAGUCAACAAAACUUGUGUUAGUGAAGCCCAUUCUCUGGCUUUGCCAUGAACAACAGUGACGAAGCCGUGUGAGGAACAAACAAUAUCGGAAAUUGUCUUGGCUAGUUUUAUCGACUCUAUUUCUCAUCCAGUGAGAAAAGGACUCCUCGAGGGGGCGUGCUUGGUGUGUGUAGGGAAAUUGUCCUCGGCCAUUAUCCAGUCGAUUAGAGGUGUUGUUUGUGCUGGUGGCAGUAAAGGAUUCGAAAUGGCGGUCGUCCGACACAAAGAAGCAAUCCAUUCGGGUCAUUUUAUGAUCUCAGAUUUUGAGGCCGAAGCCGAGGCUGAAGAGGACAUUUCUGUUCCACAGGCCGAAGAAGGAUCGAACAUGCCACAGUUGGUCUCCCCAGAAGAUGUUGGGGAUAUCCCUCAAGUUCCCACCAGCCUACCAGAACCUACUAUUCCAGAGAGUGUUUUUAAAGGACAAAGGAGGGAACAAGCUCAAUCUAUCAUCGACAUAUCUCUUAACAAACUCUUCCAAAGCAUGUCCAUUGCCUAUCGGCAAAAAUUAACCUCACCCAAAUGGAACAAGUUCCGGGGCAUGAAGCUUCGAUGGAAAGAUAAGAUCCGUUUGAACAACGUCAUCUGGAGAUGUUGGCACAUGCAGUUUAUGAAAGGUCGUAAUCAGUUGCUCUGUCCCUUUGCAAAUCCCUUAGAAAUUGAUAAUCAUAAUCGAACGGAAGGCAGCACGCUCUUAGAGGGUAAAUAUUGGAAACGACAGCUCCAGACCGUGACAACCGAAUACAAGAGAUGGCGGCUAUUUUACAAGAACCGUGGGAGCGAGCAUGAAGAGGUAGCUGGAGAUGAAUGGGAUCAGUUGUUUCAACAUCCUUUCCAACUAUUAGAGGGUAGUAAGGAUGAUGCUUCAUUGAUAACUGAUGACGAGUACUUUGUGGAUGCGCUCUUCAACUCAAUUGCCCAAGAUCCUCACACUCGGACCUUGGUGGGACAAACCCUAGCCGUUCCAUUUCCAAAUCCAAGAGAAAUGCAUAAGAACACCACUAAUGCAGAUUUUAUACAGCCUGGGUUGGUGCAGCUCCAACCAAAUUUGGAGGAUCUUUUCGAACUCGAAUCACUUAAUCAGUUGCCGGAUUGGCUGACCAAUCGCUUACCGUCCAUCCAAGAAGCCACCAUGGACGAGCAGUCACUGCAGCAACCAUCCAUCAAUGGAGCCAUUCCAAAAUCAAUGGGUGGGCCUGAAAUGUCCGCAAAUUCUUCUGGGACCAUUUACACCACGUUGAAUAUUUCUGACGUGGCUCCUCCCAAUAGUUCACUCCUAUCCUCCAGCGAAGUGAUGACUAGCCUUCAAUCAAAUAACAUGGAAAUGAACGAUACUAACAAAAUGACCAUGACUUCACCUCUGCUGCUGAAUCCAAGUCAACACGAGCAAUUUCAACCCGAGUCUUUUCCUGCCUCUGGAAAUCAUUCAGUGCCGACGUCCAAAUACAAUCUGAUCCCGUGCUCAUCGCCCGGUAGUAGUUGCUAUGCAGGUCCCAUACCACACCCCAAACGAAACAGUCCCAAGCAUCGCAUCCUGUGUCAAAGGGACUUUGUCAAUGAGUGUAAUUUUGCCUCCAAUGCCGCCUCAACUUUGACCAGAAAGGUUUCCGGCAGCUCCAUUACUCAUCAAAGCUCAGGUUUACAUCAAACAGAUAGUCCUUACCAUUUGCCUUCUAUCCCGUCCACAAUUUCGGACCCCUCGAUGUAUUCUCAUUCCGAGGGAGCACGAGGAGGGAUCAAGACGCGGUCCCUGAGCGGUGGCUCUGCCAUGGGAAGAUCAACUGCAUGGAAAACUUCCUCCUCUUCUCCGCCCAUGGGAGCAAACAGUGAGUUAAUACAAUUGCUGAGGUCCAAUACCAAAGGAUCCACUCAAGAUUCUUUCGAGCAUCAGGUUGGGACCAAAGUAAAAUUAGAACAUGAGCCAACAAAGCCUACUCAUUUCAAACCACUAAUAAUUCCUCCACCGCCUCCUCAAUCUCAACCUCAGCCUUCGUUCACCAUCGGGAUUGGUGGACCUAUGGAUUCCAGUUCAUCUACUUCGUCAACUUCAACAAACCGUGGAAGCGUAGCCAAUAUUUCAGAGAAUCGCCGAUUAUCCAAUGCAGAACAAAAGCGCAGAGGGUCAAUCAAAGAUGGGUUUGACAUCCUCAAAGGUCUGAUACCCUCCUUGAAUCAGACCAAUCGCGUUAAGAUCAGCAAAGCUGCCCUACUUCACAAAGGUGGUGAUCACAUUCAGCAUAUGAAAUCGGAGCGGGCUGUGCUGAAGGAGGAAAUUGAUUCUCUGCGUGCUCAGGUCGACUCUCUCAACCAAGAUAUCCUUCGUUUUCAAGCGAGCUUACCUACAGCCUCUAUAGAUGUGGAAAAGUCAGGAUCAGAGAGUCUUAUGGCUAUGGAUACCUUGUUCCAUGAGCAUGUCAAAAAAUGCACUCAACUCAAUUGGAAAUAUUGGGUCUUUUCACUAUUGAUGCGACCGUUGCUGAAAUCUUUUCACCAGUCCGUCAAAGUGGACAGUUUUAAAGAUAUGGCUCGAACAACCAUGUCGUGGUUGGAUCAAGAAUGCUCUUUGGCUCACCUCAGACCAACCGUUCUGACUGCACUUAAAGACCUCUCCACUGAGACAGAUAUCUUGAACAAUCCCGGACGAAUCCCUGAAGAGGCUGUUUUCGCAGUUCAACGGCCUAAAAGCAAGACUUUGAAAGUUGAACCCAUCUUGUUAGCAAUUCAAAAUGAAUCAAAUGAUUCUGUGAGAGACAUGGAAACACUGGAUCGAGACCCACUCCUCAGCGAUGAUUCUUGAUGUCUUGCAUUUUGUAUUUCUCUGGAAAUGACGAAUUAAAUCAAUGCAAUCAAGCCUAAGAAA